GCUCGGCCCCUCGCUUACCGUCGGGCCGGGCGGCAUGAGGCGGGGGCUGCCGCUGCUGGCCCUGGCCGGGCUGCUGCUGCUGGGGCGGCCGCCGGCGGCCCGGGGGGCGGCCUGCGAGCCGGUGCGCAUCCCGCUCUGCAAGCCGCUGCCCUGGAACAUGACCAAGAUGCCGAACCACCUGCACCACAGCACGCAGGCCAACGCCGUGCUGGCCAUGGAGCAGUUCGAGGGGCUGCUGGGCACCAACUGCAGCCCCGACCUGCUGUUCUUCCUGUGCGCCAUGUACGCGCCCAUCUGCACCAUCGACUUCCAGCACGAGCCCAUCAAGCCCUGCAAGUCCGUCUGCGAGCGCGCCCGCGCCGGCUGCGAGCCCGUCCUGGUCCGCUACAGCCACGCCUGGCCCGACAGCCUGGCCUGCGACGAGCUGCCCGUCUACGACCGCGGGGUCUGCAUCUCCCCCGAGGCCAUCGUCACCGCCGAGGGCGCGGACUUCCCUAUGGAUUCUAAUAACGGCAACUGUAGAGGUGCUGGCAUUGAGCGCUGCAAGUGCAAGCCAGUGAAAGCUACCCAGAAGACCUACCUACGUAACAACUACAACUAUGUCAUCCGGGCUAAAGUGAAGGAGGUGAAGACUAAAUGCCACGAUGUCACUGCAGUAGUGGAAGUAAAGGAGAUCCUGAAAUCUUCCCUGGUGAACAUCCCAAAGGACACUGUAAACCUCCACACGAAUUCUGGCUGCCUGUGUCCACCUCUCAGUGCCAAUGAGGAGUACAUCAUUAUGGGCUACGAGGACGAGGAGCGCUCCAGGUUACUCUUGGUGGAAGGCUCCAUAGCUGAGAAGUGGAAGGAACGUCUUGGUAAAAAAAUAAAGCGCUGGGAUCAGAAGCUGCGGCAGGCGGGGAAGGCGCGGGCCGAGCCCGGCCCCAGCGCGGCGGCCCCGAAGCCCGGCGGUGCCCGGCAGGCUCGCAGCUGGGCGUGACCCCCGCCGAGGGAUGCUGACAUGCACGGGACUGUCUGCCGAGGCUUCCUGUUGGAGCAGCAAAGGAGAAAUUGCACUAUUGCACGUUAUAUUCUAUUGUUUACUACAAAGUCAUGGUUUAGCUUUUAUUAGGUUUUAUUCUCCCUCUUUGUUCUCCACCUUUUUCUUUUUGGAUAUGUGCAAGUUCUGGAAAUGUAUGUUUUUUGGUUUUUUUUUCUGUUGCUAAGAACUGUAGAAAACUGCCCUUAUGAGAUGAAGAAAGACCUUUUUAUCUCCUGAAUCUUCUUUGGGAGAAAAUUCUGAUGCAAGCAGGAAUGAAAUCUGGCAAAGACCAUUGCUUAAAGUCAUGGCUCACACUGGCUUUCCCUGUUCACUCUUUCUUGGUCACUGAAACUUGCUCUCUUUUGGGUAGGUUGUUAUCUGCAUUUAAAUGUAUAAUUUUUUUUAUUCUGAAAUAUAAUUCUGAAUUACAUAAAUUUUCUUUUUUGCUAAGAGAACUGUUUGAAUCAGUACAGCUUUAUUAAGUUUUCUUACAGAUAAACCACUUGCAUAAGGCAGACUCUAAAUAUUUCCCUGUGCAUGUACACAGGGAACCUGGGUUUUCCAGUGCUUUGGACCUUAAAGGAAAUACUAUCUGGUUCUGUAACCAUAAUUUAUAACUAAAUUUAUGUUUCUUCUCUUAUAAGGGCAGUUUUUUCCCCUUUUCUCAGCUGAGUUAUAGGAGUAGACAGACUCACCAGGCCUGCUUCUUAGUACAGGUCUGCAGUUUAGCCUCUUUGAUUUUGUGGUGUUAUUCUUAAAUCCGUGCCUACAUAAACAAGUGUUCAAUGCUCAGUAACAUAUGUCCAAUAAAAGAAUUGUAGUUGCCAACCACAGACCUUACCUGACUUCUGAACCAACAUCAUAUUGCUAAUACUACCCUUGAAAAUACAAAAACCAAAAAAACCUUUAGUUUUUGUGCUUGAUAGAUUUCUUUGCAGAUGCUGCCAACAUACUGGAAAUUAUCUUUGUUUUUCUACUCUCCCAUGCUUAAAAGAAAUCAAAAUGGGGUACAUCAAAGAACAAUCCUCUUUGGCAUAGUCUGCAGAGGGGAGAGCAAGCUCUACUUAUAAAGAGCAAAUGACUGUUGUGUUCUAGCUGUCAGUACUGUCUUUAGUACACUAGGGCUACCUUUCAUAAGAAAAUAGUGUUGAGUUGUUGGGUGGUUUGAAAAUAUGAUGAUGAUAAAUAAGACAGAAGUAUCUGGGAAUAUUAUAAUAAUGCUGUUUUAUUUCAGUCAAUAACCAGCUGUCUUGGGACAGGUUUUCUAUUGGGCUAGAUACCAAGAAAGUUGAAAAAGAACAACAUCCUGCAACACUCAAAUUUUUAUUUAUAAUUAAAAAUAAAGGGAUAAUUUAGGGGAAAUAUUGGUUCUGAAAGCUGGCAGAAGGAUAUUAAUCCUCUAGAUAUUAAAUCCUCGGUAUUUUCUCAGAAUUACACAGACCACAGAAUUAUUUAAGUCGGAAAAGACCUCCAGGAUCAUCAAUCAAGUGCAAGCUUUGAUUGAUCUCCACCAUGUCAGCUAGACCAGAGCACUAAGUGCCAUGGCCAUUCUUUUCUUGAGGACCUCCAGGGAUGGUGACUUUAACAAGCAUUUCUACUGAGUAGGUAAAUAACAGAACCAUUUAUUAAGUUGUGAAUAGCCUGUUAAAUAAUAUUAAAACCCUCAUUAUUUACCCCACUGAAGUCCUGUAGAUGAGUGCUGGAAUCCCAGGGUCAGCAGUCACCACUCAUCACGUGAUGUUCUGCUAUGAAAAGAGCUGUGAAAUCAUAAAACCCUGGUCAAGAUGUAGAAAAUCCCCAGACAGCUGGAAGUUUUACCCUUUGCUAGCCACCACUUCUGAAGGUGGCCUGUCCCAUGCCAUUUCUCUGUGAUUAACAGCCACCUUUAUUUAAUCCACUUGCAACUCAGUACUGACAUUAGUUGCAUUAAAAAUUGCCAGAGCAGAGCACAGUGCUGCACUUUAGAGCCUCAGUAAGAGAAAAAGGAGCAGCAUUUGUAACUGUCAUACACGUCAUGAUGUUACAGUGAAAAUAUUUCCCUAACUGGAAGCCACCAGAUUGGUAUUUUUCCAGAGGAAUAAGCAUUUUUCAUUGGCACAUGAAAAAUGAGGGUGGCACGAUGGGCUCCUUGGAAGAGGCAAGAGGUAUUUUUCACAAUCCUUUAAUUAACUGAGGAGCCUUUUACAAACUCUGGCACUGCUCUUACCCCAUCACAGUGAUUUCAGUGACUGAACCUCUGCAGCACCACCCAGACUCGCUUGUGCUGAGUGUACAAAUCCAGGGACUAAUGAGAUACA